AUGACCGCUGAAUCCAGGCGUGGGGAGCUCGAACAAUUUCAACGUCAAGUUCUUGCGAUCAAACGUGCAUCAACAGCAACAACGUCAUCAACAGGAACAACGUCAUUGUCAUUAGGGUCAAUUGAUGAGGAUUUACAUGAUCGGAUUCGAUUUGCGUGUUUAUUACAGGAAGAAAUUGCUUCUCAAUUGGGCAAAAUACCCAUAAACUCGUCCAAUUCGUUGCUCAAACGUAAAGUAUGUAAAGAUUUUCAAGUGAUUUCGACUCAGUUGGAAACAUCUGUACGACGUGUAGCCGCACGAGAACAGGAACAACAACGGACACUUAUAGAGCAGCAACAACAUCAGCAUCAGCAGCAACAAGAGCAAGCGCAGAAUGGACAUUUGAUUGCAGAACAUCAAGGACAAGUGUUUCAAUUUGCAGAGCUUGAGAAUGAGAUUGCACAUAAUGAAGCACUGAUUGAAGAACGAGAACAGGAUAUUCAUACGAUUCAUCAAAGUGUUGCACAGGUGAAUGAGAUUUUUCGAGAUUUAGCAGCCAUUGUGCACGAUCAACAGAGUGCAAUUGAUGAUAUUGAGACACACGUGCAUGAGAGCAUGGAACAAACAAGACAAGGACUGAAUCAAGUGAAAAAAGCUUCCGAGAUGCAAACAUCUUGUAUGAUUCAAUAG